CAGGAGGAAGACUACGGGGAAGGAGAGGACGACGCCGAAGUGCAGCAAGAAUGCCUGCACAAGUUCUCCACCCGGGAUUACAUCAUGGAGCCCUCCAUCUUCAACACUCUGAAGAGGUACUUUCAGGCAGGAGGGUCUCCGGAGAAUGUCAUCCAGCUCCUGUCCGAGAACUACACGGCCGUGGCCCAGACUGUGAACUUGCUGGCUGAGUGGCUCAUUCAGACAGGCGUGGAGCCAGUUCAGGUUCAGGAAACCGUGGAAAAUCACUUGAAGAGUUUGCUGAUCAAACACUUCGACCCCCGCAAAGCUGAUUCUAUUUUUACUGAAGAAGGCGAGACCCCGGCUUGGCUUGAACAGAUGAUCGCUCACACCACGUGGAGAGAUCUCUUCUACAAACUGGCUGAGGCCCAUCCCGACUGUUUGAUGCUCAACUUCACUGUUAAGCUCAUCUCCGAUGCUGGGUACCAGGGCGAGAUCACCAGCGUGUCCACGGCCUGCCAGCAGCUGGAGGUGUUCUCGCGCGUGCUCCGCACCUCCCUGGCCACCAUCUUGGACGGAGGCGAAGAGAACCUGGAGAAGAACCUCCCCGAGUUUGCCAGGAUGGUGUGCCACGGGGAGCACACGUACCUGUUCGCCCAGGCCAUGAUGUCCGUGCUGGCCCAGGAGGAGCAAGGGGGCUCAGCUGUGCGCAGGAUCGCCCAGGAGGUCCAGCGCUUCGCCCAGGAGAAAGGCCACGACGCCAGUCAGAUCACGCUGGCCUUAGGCACAGCCGCCUCCUACCCCCGGGCCUGCCAAGCCCUGGGCGCCAUGCUGUCCAAGGGAGCCCUGAACCCCGCUGACAUCACCGUGCUGUUCAAGAUGUUCACCAGCAUGGACCCCCCUCCCGUGGAGCUCAUCCGCGUGCCGGCCUUCCUGGACCUGUUCAUGCAGUCGCUGUUCAAGCCUGGGGCCCGGAUCAACCAAGACCAUAAGCACAAGUACACGCACAUCUUGGCCUACGCUGCGAGCGUGGUGGAGACCUGGAAGAAGAACAAGCGGGUGAGCAUCAACAAAGACGAGCUGAAGUCGACCUCGAAGGCGGUGGAGACCGUGCACAGCCUGUGCUGCAACGAGAACAAGGGGGCCUCGGAGCUGGUGGCGGAGCUGAGCACCCUCUACCAGUGUAUCCGGUUUCCUGUGGUGGCGAUGGGAGUGCUGAAAUGGGUGGACUGGACCGUGUCAGAGCCCAGGUACUUCCAGCUGCAGACUGACCACACCCCGGUGCACCUGGCACUGCUGGACGAGAUCAGCACCUGCCACCAGCUCCUGCACCCCCAGGUCCUGCAGCUGCUUGUCAAGCUUUUUGAGACCGAGCACUCCCAGCUGGACGUGAUGGAGCAGCUCGAGCUGAAGAAGACCCUGCUGGACAGGAUGGUUCACCUGCUGAGUCGAGGUUACGUACUUCCUGUUGUCAGUUACAUCCGGAAGUGUCUGGAGAAGCUGGACACUGACAUUUCACUCAUUCGCUAUUUUGUCACUGAGGUACUGGAUGUCAUCGCUCCUCCUUACACCUCGGACUUCGUGCAGCUCUUCCUGCCCAUCCUGGAAAAUGACAGCAUUGCAGGCACCAUCAAGACAGAGGGCGAGCACGACCCGGUGACGGAGUUCGUAGCUCACUGCAAGUCUAACUUCAUCAUGGUGAACUGAUUCCGCGUCCUGCAGCCGAGGCAGAGCAGCCUGGUCGCUGGUGGCGGGUGACUGCCCCGGCGCCGAUAUGAGUGCGGCUCGGCCGACGUGUCGACAUGUGGGAAGUGGACUCUGCAGGAGGAGCUGGCAGGUGGCCGCCCUGAGCCGCCCACCCGCUCUGGGUGGUAAACGCAGUGCUGCCCUAAAGCAUCCUUGGUCCCAGGACAGGAGCCGGUCCCCGCACUCCACUGCCCCCCUGGCAGCCCCUGGUGGGGGAACAGGCUGAGACACUUCUCUAACGGCUUCCAAGUCCACUUAAGCUUUCUCACAAGAACCAAGUUAGUUGAAGUUGUAUGUAAUUAGUUUAAUUUGCUAACAAAAAUAAAUGUUUUUAAAGAGCCUU